CCCAGUACAACACGCCCAAUCCUCCACCUUUCUUCACCAAUUCGCAUCACUCUCACACGACGAGCUUGAAGCUUCCCAGGCACUCCCUCGAAAUUCCUCUACAAUACUAUCUUUUUACUAGCGGGCCUCUUUCACAAUGUUCACGCGACGUGCCUGCAGCAACGGACGCGGCAUGUUGCCCACCUCCCGCUCAGCGACUGUCUCCACGCGGUCUUUCGCAGCUGGCUCCAUCAUGCAGAGCUCAGCUCGAGCACCGGUAUUAGCUGAUAUCAUACCUGAUGCCGCUGCGAGCUUCAACAGAAAGCAGAAGGAGUUUCGUGAUAGCCUAGUCGCCGCUCAGAAGCAGAAGGAGCUGCAAGAAAAAGAAGCUCGCGCUCAUGAGCAGGAGAGCGGAAAGAAGAAGAGUGGCCCCCUAUCAUCACUCAUAUACGGAACUCCCGAAGGUCGAGAGCUCGACAAGGAUAUUGAGCGCAGCUUCUCGCAGGUUCUCGCACGCGGGAAGUACGUGCACUCGAUCGUGUUCCACGAUGUCAAGCCAGACAAGGUCGAAGAGUACUACGAGCUCGUCGGUAACUGGUACCCGAAGAUGGCCGCCAUUCCCAAGAACAAGGUGCACCUCGUGGGUAGCUGGAGGACUGAGGUGGGCGACUGCAACACAUUUGUCCACAUCUGGGAAUAUCAACGCUACGAAGGCUACCACCAAGCAUUACACAAUAUCCAAUCGCACCCAGAGUUUGGUGCCUUUGAUGCGAAGCUGAGGAGCCUUAUUCGAUCGAAGCACACUUCGCUGAUGCAAGAGUUUUCCUUCUGGCCUACAACCUCCCCGCGCCAACUCGGCGGUAUCUUUGAAUUGCGCUCUUACACACUCCACCCGGGUAAUCUGCUCGAGUGGGAGACGCACUGGAGGCGCGGCUUGAAGGCACGCAGGGAAGUCAUGGAAGGCGUCGGCGCCUGGUUCUGCCAAAUCGGUGAACUGAAUACGGUGCACCAUCUGUGGCAGUUCGCUAAUCUGGAGGAGCGUAAGGUGCGCCGCGAGCAAAGCUGGAAUGUUGAGGGAUGGGGUGAGACUGUGCACAAGACAGUCCCUCUCAUCCAGACUAUGAAGAGCCGGAUCUUGGUCCCCUGCGACUGGAGCACUGUCGCAUAAUGUUCAUCUCCCAGCAGACGCGCUCAGUGGCCUAGUAUCUGAUCAUAGUGAUUGAGUCUUGCUGCAGUCAGUGCAGAUCGAUGAGGAGACGGGUGCAGACUGAGAUAGAAAGGUCUCAAACGAUGAUUAUUGGCGAUCAUUGUAAAUUGUAAACAAUGUAGCACCUAAGCACAAGCACAUGACGCUAUGCAGCAUUCUGCACUUUACCCAAUUUGAGCUGGUUCACCG